AUGUGUUUGUCUCGUGGUAGAUACGAAGGCGAGUUUGUGCAGGGGAAAUUUCAAGGCGGCGGCGUCUUCACUCGCUUCGACGGCAUGAAGUUCGAGGGAGAAUUCAAAGGAGGAUCCGUGGAAGGAUACGGAGCGUUGACGUUCCCAGACGGCGGAGCAGGAGGGGUCCACGAGGGUCUGUUCGAGUCGGGUCAGCUGGUGCGGAGAGAAGGCUGCCCCGCCGUGGUGCAGAGAGCUCAGGCCGCCGCCGCCAAAGCCCGAGUCCUGGCCAUGUGA